AUGCCUUUAAAAGACUGGGAUACUAAAGAAGCAUUGUGUAUAUUUGAAAAUAAUAUUCACCUUUGCGACAAAAAUAAUGUUCCCAAGUCAGAUUUCAAAUUUCUUGCCUGUAGUGAGGCUGCUGGAAUAGGAAUGGCAUAUCAAAAAGUUUUGAGGGGUGCAUUACCAACUGGAUAUUCUUUUAAGUCCGUUAAGUGUCCCCUUUUAACAUUAAAAGCUAUCUUUGAAAUUGUCGAUCAUUUUGCUGUUGAAGAUAAACAAUGA